AGUUGAUUCUUUACUCUGGGUGAAAGCAGUUAAAAAAUGUCAGGCCUGAGCAACGUUCUGCUUUUCGUGGCCUUCAUUUCUUUCUCUGUGGCUGAUGUCGGAGAUUUUACCCCCUGUUUGCAAUUCUUCUAUAGAUCCUGGCCCCCCAAAGGCCUGGCUGGGACUUCGAUCUGCCAGCGAUACAAUAACAACUACCGCUUUGCCACUUUAUACAGUCGACCGCGCCGCUCUCCAUGGUUCUCGGCUUAUGUGUACACAGUACCAAGUGGGAAGAGACCAAAAGCUUCUUGGAAAUAUGAACCACAGUUGGCCUACCCUGCAGCUGAUGGCAACAUGAGGCCCUUCUUGCCAGGACCGGUGGACAUGAACGUUGUGGAGAGCCAGGCAGUUGAGCUAGACUACAUUAACUCCACCUACUCCCGUGGUCAUCUCAACCCUAGCCUUCAUCACCAGACCCCCGUGUGCCGCUCCUCCACAUUCACCCUUACCAAUGUGGUUCCUCAGAAGAAAUGGUCCAAUGAUGGACCCUGGGAAGACUUAGAGCAGACCGUCAACAAUACCUUGGCUUCCUACUGUCUUGGGGAAACCUACAUAGUAACAGGCAUCAUUCCCUACCAGAAAGACGAACACUGGAUCAAGAAUCGCGUGGCAGUGCCAGAGUAUCUGUGGUCCGCAUACUGCUGCCCAAACUACAACCACAGUGUUCCUGAAGGAAUGAAAGAUGCCUUUCCCACCUUCGCCGCUAUCGGACGUAAUGACCCAAACAGCACAGAAGAGAUUGUCCCCAUACAGAAGACAGCGAAAAAACAGUAUUGGGGAUAUGAUGUGAGACGGAUGUCUCUAAACUCACUUGAGAUGUACCUGAAGGACAGAUUCAACACUGUUGUCACUGUUUUUCAUGAGCAAUGUAAUUAAUUAGAUUAUAUGCAAAUAGGUCUUAUAAUGCUGGUGUAAAUUUUGUGUCACAUAAAACUGUGAGUUUUUUAUUCUUAAGCUAUGACCAAAAUGAAAAAUAAUAAUUUUCAUUAUAUAGUGUGAACUAACUUAAUGUGGUCUUUAAAAUGUUGAAAUCUACUAUUAGCCACUAAAGAAGAGUCAGUUGGUGUGUAAAAAAAAAAAAAGUGAAGCAAAUCAGAAAGAAUGAAAAGGCAAAGAGAUUCAGCUGAAAUGCAAAUAGAACUAAUAAUAAUAAUAAUAAUAA